AUGUCAUCAUCAGCAGCCGUUAGAGAUUCUGCAAAGCAAAUACUCAAAAUCAUAGAAAAAUUGCCUGAUGAGAGAAUAAAACAUUUGGUAUCGUUCAAGGAUUCACAAGCUGAAAGGUUUAGGAGAGUAGCAGGAUUACAAUCAACUGAUAAGAAUGAAAAAAAAGCAUCAUUGGAGGAUAUUAAAGAUAUAAUUACGAGAACCUCAGGACCAUUAGGACUUCAAAAAGAUCUUUUGAAAAAAGUGCAAUCGGCAUUACCACAGGAUGAACUUACUGAACAAAGUAUUCAAGAACAGAUGAGAGCACUUUCCAAUAUCUCCAAUAACAAAUUUAAAAAUUAUUAUGAUGUUGGUGAAAAGCUAUAUAAACCAGCAGGAAAUCCCAUUUAUUAUCAGCGAAUCAUGGAUGAAAUUCAAGGUAAACAAAAGGAAACGUUCUUAUCAGCUCUGAGAACAGUUGUGUUUGGGAAAUGA